GUCAAUCACUUUCUCCUCAGGUGCCAGUGGUCAGGAAGAGUAUUUCGACGCUCUUUGGGUCAGACUGAAGUCGGACAUGCUGGGUGUUCUGUGGCUGGCCGGCUGCUCGGCGAUGUUGGCCGUGACGGUCGGGUUCGACGCGGAGAAAUGCAGAAAUUCAUCGUUUUCGCUGAACGUCGUGCUGCUGGAGGACGAAGAUUCACUCUGGAGCCUGAAGUAUGUCCGCAUCGCCGUGCAAAAGGCCAUCGAGGAUGAAAAUCUAAUUAAUAACCAGACAGGCCUGAAUUUCACGAUCAAGAGCACCUUCAGUGGGUUUAACACCACAUUUUACAGACGCAGAGGGUGUGGGAGCAGCACGUGUGAAGGAGUGGAGAUCCUCAAAUCACUACACAACUCUGGUGAUGUUGGCUGUGCAAUGCUUGGACCGUCCUGUACAUAUGCCACGUUCCAGCUCGUGGAUCAGGAGGUGGGUUUGACUCUGACCAUACCUGUAAUAUCUGCGGGGAGUUUUGGCCUGUCCUGUGACGGCAAGGAAAAGCUGACGCGCCUUCUGCCUCCGGCUCGGAAAGUCUCGAGCUUCUUUGUUCAUUUCUGGAAUGUGACAGUGCCCAGACUCAAGCCCAAACACUGGCAGAGGGCUUACAUCUACAAACAACAGAGCAUCUCAGAGGAGUGCUUCUGGUACAUUAAUGCGUUGGAAGCCGCGACGGCUCCGUUUUCCACUCUGAUCAGCAGGAAGGUGUUGCGCAGUAAAGAAGAGAUCUCUUUGGCUUUGUCAGAUCCAAACAGACACAGCAACAUUUUCAUCCUGUGUGGAGGCCCAGACGACAUCCUAUCCAUUAAAAGCGAGAUGACCGUCAGCAAGGAAAUCGCCUUCAUCCUUAUAGACAUUUUUAAUCACGGAUAUCACAUCAACACAUCUUCGUUUGAAUUUAUGAGGGAUGUCCUGGUGCUGACAUUGCACAGUGUACGGAACUACAGUCUGCCCGGCUGGCCCUACAAUUCCACAAAUCUGAACGAUUACGUUGCAGGUUAUUAUGAUGGCGUGGUUCUCUUUAGUCAAGUCAUGAGGGCGAUGUUACUCUCAGGUCAGGGCCUGGACACGAGGAACAUCACCGCCAACCUUCCCAGCGACAACCCCUUCCGAAACCUGUCCUUUGAGGGACUAGGUGGUCGCUACGAUUUAGAUGAGAGCGGAGACAGAAAUGUGAAUUUUUCUUUGAUGUACACAACCAGCACCAUUCAGUAUAAGACAUUGUUUGUGUUUGAUAACUCCAACAACAUGACCACGCUGAACCACAGUAACCCUGACCUGCCCUGGCCAGGCUCUCGACUGCCUGAUGACAGACCUGCUAACGGCCUGGAGAUACAUGAUAUCAUAAUGAUUGUGCUUGGAAUCAGCGUUGUACUCGCUACCGCUAUUGCUUUCGUCUUCUACAGACAGAACAGGAAGCAGCGCUACAAUCAGAAGAAAUGGGCUCAUAUAAACUCAGAGCUCAUCGUGCCCCUAGACAGCAGAGAGCCAAGCCACAUCUCUCUUAAAAUCGAUGAGGACAAACGGAGAGACAGCACGUAUCAGAUACGGAGAGGACGCUACGACAAAAAGCUUGUUAUUCUCAAAGAGCUAAAGCAUUCUGAUGGAGAUUUCAUGGAGGAACAGCGUAUUGAACUCAAUUCUCUGAUGCGGAUCGAUUACUACAACCUCACAAAGUUUUAUGGCACGGUGAAAUAUGAGUAUGGAGUGUUCGGCGUGUUUGAGUACUGCGAGAGAGGUUCUUUGAGGUAUGUCCUCAACGAUAAGAUCUCGUACCCAGACGAGAGCUUCAUGGACCUGGAGUUCAAGAUCUCCGUCAUGUACGACAUCGCAAAGGGCAUGUCGUACCUGCACUCCAGUAAUAUAGAGAUACACGGGAGGCUCAAAUCCACCAACUGUGUGGUGGACAACCGCAUGGUGGUGAAAAUCACAGACUUUGGCUGCAAUACUAUCCUGACACCAGGGAAAGACCUGUGGACCGCUCCUGAACACAUGCGCACGCUGGGGAUCUCUCAGAAAGGAGACGUCUACAGUUUUGCCGUAAUCGCUCAUGAGAUCAUUCUGAGAGAGUGUCCUUUCUUCACCGAGAACUGCGCUGAUGUCGCAGAGAAACUGUACCGAGUUCAGUGUCCGAACGGACCCAACAUAUUCAGACCCGACAUUAACUUUGAGACGGCUGGAGAGAGAGAAGUGGAGCUCUAUGUGCUGAUUAAGAGCUGUUGGGACGAGGAUCCGGAAAAGAGACCGGACUUUAAGAAGAUUGAGAUCUCUUUGGGGAAGAUCUUCAGUAACCUGCAUGACCAGGCCAAUGCUAGCUACAUGGACAACCUGAUCAGACGGCUACAGAUGUACUCACGCAACCUGGAGCAUCUGGUGGAGGAGAGAACCGCGCUGUACAAGGCAGAGAGAGACCGAGCUGACCAACUCAACUUCAUGCUGCUGCCCGGGCCUGUGGUGCGCUCCCUGAAGGAGACGGGUCGCGUGGAGCCAGAGUUGUUUGACGAGGUCACCAUUUACUUCAGCGAUAUUGUGGGCUUCACCACCCUCUGCCACUACAGCACACCAAUGGAGGUGGUGGACAUGCUCAACGACAUGUAUAAAAACUUCGACAGCAUCCUCGACAGCCAUGACGUCUAUAAGGUGGAGACCAUUGGCGAUGCAUACAUGGUGGCGUCCGGUUUGCCACGGCGAAAUGGGAACAGGCAUGCGGUGGACAUCUGUCUCAUGGCUCUGGAUAUUUUGGAGUUCAUGGGAACAUUUCAGCUUCGCCACCUACCAGGAAUACCGCUGUGGAUCCGUAUAGGCGUCCACUCAGGACCCUGUGCAGCAGGUGUUGUGGGCAAUAAAAUGCCACGUUACUGCUUAUUCGGAGACACAGUGAACACUGCUUCACGAAUGGAGUCAACAGGAUUGCCUCUGAGGAUCCAUGUGAGCCAGUCCACUAUUAAUAUCCUACAGAGGACAGACUGUCAGUUUGAGUAUGAGACACGAGGCGAGACCUUCCUCAAGGGUAAAGGAAAGGAGAUGACCUACUGGCUGAAAGGUGUAACAGGACAGAAUUACAACCUGCCCACUCCACCCACAGCAGAGAACUUCCAGCGCCUGCAGCAGGACUUGGCCGAUCUGAUCGUCUCCACUCUCGCUAAACGGGGGAACGAGAUAAGGAAGACUCUCUCCACACGCCAACGCAGGAGCCAGAGACACAGCAGCGAUGGCUUCCCCGAGUACCUGCACCUGGCCGACCCCAGCACUUACCUGUAGCUCAUACACACACACACACACACACACACACACACACACACACUACUAAUCCCAAAGGCAGGAUGGACAAUUGAGUUUUAGGAUCAGAGUCAAAAGCAGUCUCUGAGCUCUAACACGCCGUUUAGCUCGUCUGAUGUUUGAGAGUGUUGUCCAACACACAGCCAGUGUGCGUGAGAAACGCAGACAGACCUUCCUGAAGGUGAGAAUUAUCAUAUAUCAUGAUAUCCUCUGUCUUGAUUUGCAUAACCUUAGAUCACGGCACCAGUAAGUAGUUACUGUAGUUCCUAUCAUGUUUGACGCUCUAGCAGGCGCUGCAGCUUACACACAAAUGUAAUCUGUAUGUAUAUUCAUUUUGUGCAUUAAUCUCAGGUACUCUUUAAACUGUACAAAAGAAAUCUGAUUUAUUUAACAAACUAUUAAAUACUUUUUUUUAAAAUGUGUACAAUAAUAUUCGGGCUAUUUAUUGGAGAGUCUUUCUUUUUUUUUAACUUGUCCAUAUUUCCAAUUAAUAUGAAUUAUAUAACUGUGCGUUCCAUCACUGGAUCAAUAUUAGAAAAUCACAGACUCUUCAAUGCACCCUGUAUUUUGAGAACGAGAGAGAGAGAGAGAGAGAGAGAGAGAGAGAGAGUGCUGUAUAGUAAAAUAUCUAUAAACUGUAUAAUGUUAUAUAUAAAGCAUGUCAUGGCUCCUGUACUGUAUGUUCUAAGAUGCUCAUGUUUGACAGUCUCCACAAGGAGGUGCUAGUGUGGCAGCACAGGUUCUCUUGUCAUGCCAGAGGCGUGAAGCCAUAACAUUAUGACCAGUGAGAGGUGAAGUGAAUAAGACUGAGUAUCUCCUCAUCAUGGCACCUGUUAGUGGGUGGGAUAUAUUAGAGCAGCAAGUCAACAUUUUGUCCUCAAAGUUGAUGUUAGAAGCAGGAAAAAUGGACAAGUGUAAGGAUUUGAGCUUUAAGUUUGAUGAAGGGCCAAAUUGUGAUGGCUAGACCACUGGAUCAGAACAUCUCCAAAACUGCAGCUCUUGUGGGGUGUUCCCGGUCUGCAGUGGUCAGUAUCUAUCAAAAGUGGUCCAAGGAAGGAACAGUGGUGAACCGGUGACAGGGUCAUAGACGGUCAAGGCUCAUUGAUGGACGUGGGGAUCGGAGGCUGGCCCGUGUGAUCCGAUCCAACAGACGAGCUACUGUUGCUCAAACUGCUGAAGAAGUUAAUGCUGGUUCUGAUGGCAGGUGGUCAUAAUGUUAUGCCUGAUCAGUGCACAUUAGGAAUUUUGGUGGACGUUGUAUUAAAGGUACUCUGUGUGUGUGUCCUUGCUUUCUGUAACCCCAUUAAUCCUCUAAGUACAUUAACUGAACAAUGUUAAUGUGUUGAACGUGAUGGAAAGACUCGUUCCUGCACACAGGAUUUCUCUCAGCGAGGUGUUGCAGUGUGUUUUUCAAGGCUGCUUUUGUCUACAAGUGGAUGAUUUUAUAAUGUUUUAGAAACUGUGGCGUUUCUUUGGUGCGGUCUUUGAGUGUCGUUCCUUCAUCAUGAAACUCCCAUCAUGUAAGAAUGACAUUUAAAGAUGUUUAGGAGAAGUUUAGAUUUAUCAAAUCAGUGCUUGGUUUUUCUGGUUUUAGUAUUAUUUGUAAAAAUCUAAGCUUUUCUAUAGUUUUUUGUGAGAUCAGAUCAUACUGCUCUGAAUGACCUGUAGUGUGUACUUUCGUUCAUGGUGUAAAGUAAUAUAUCUUUUUUUUUUUAUAUUGAUUUACUGCUUGAUUUUUGGUAAAUCACUAAACACGUCAUCUGAAAUGAUUUCAGUAGCACUUUCUGUGAUCCCACACUGUGACGAUCCUGUAGGACAAUCUAUACCCCCUCCAACCCCCCAAAUCACACUGUCCCUAAAAGAAUAAUACAA